AUGGCUCCAACUCAAUUGCAUCUGUUUCCUGCGCCUUCCACUAGCAUGCCACGCAAGACUAGUCUCAAGAGACUGAAGACCGACCACACUCCCAACGCCAAAGGCGAACUUAAUGUCAAGGGCGUAGCCUUCCAAGUCGUGCGGUCGCCCAAGUCCGCACAGGUCGACCCAGCUGCGGAUACUAUAAAGCACUCACUCUUUUGCGACCCUGCAGUCGCUACAGCAACGAUAGCGCGGCCUGUAAUCUCAUCCACUGCGCAAAUCGACACACCCAAGGGCGGUCCGAUACGGCGGCAAUCAAGAACACGGAGACGGUCAAGUCCGAUCACAAGUGCUGGAGGCCACGAAAGCCACAUCAAUCCGACCUCUUCUGUCGAAGAUGACGAACUAUGUCCACUGCCGAUGAAUACAGACUUCGGCUCUUCCUCUCCACCCAAGCGCAGUCUCCCGCCCCUAAGGAGGCCAAACAUUCCACAGAACAUAUCGACUACACCGAGGGUUCGCCAGCUGCAUGAUGCGACAUCACCAAUCGAUGAACGCGACCAGCUAUCACCGCUGCCCAGUAAGACUCGUUUCAAGACAUCCUCGCCAGCACCAUCCACAGAAUUCCCUGCCACUGUCCGUUCGGCAAGUCCUGCAACAAGCCUGUCUCAGAAGCGGUCGGCAGCCCAUGGCUACACUUCGCCUAUGCGAUCGAUGUUCCCUAUCUACGACCCUGCGAGAAGUCUGGACCGACAGAGCUAUUACCCUUCACCAGUCGCACAGUCGCCUCCACCUUACCUGCGAGACAACGUCAGUAAGGUUAGCAGCCCUGUGGAAAGACAAGGGCUAAGGCGGUACGACUCCGGCGUCGGUCUGGUUGACGGCUAUGAACAUAUUCCAGCUGCUGCUCAUGCCGAUCUUGAGGCUCUGUGGAAGGCGUCUAGAGAAGAGUAUCCAGUAGCUGGCAGAAAAUGCAGCUUCUCUCUGUAUCAGCCAAGUGGGCAUGGAAAAACGCUCGCAAUAGGCACUUCGCCUGAGGAUUUGCUCUACUCCAUGGAGCGCGAUCAUCACGAUUCGCCCGCAGUCAGCUCAACGUCUUCGAAGCGCUUCGCGAUACAGAAGCACUGUCCAACUGCGCCGAGCUCGUCACCAGUCGCCCAGCUCGUCCUGCCUGAGCGUAUGGACAAGAAAAGCUCGAGCAAAGAAGCCAAGGAGAUCACCGCAAUCUUUCCGCAGGCGGCAGCCGUCAGCUACAUCGAAGCUGUACUAAACUCACCUCAGGCACAUCAUAUUGCCACUUUCGACCCGAACGCCGAGUCGCCGCAAGCAGAGCGAUUAGCAUCAGAUGCAGUGGCGGAUGCACAUCGUGACUACAGCUGCGAUUUGAUCAAGAAAAGCCGCAAGCGCGACAGUCUAGGGUCGGUGACGGCAGCGUAUGAUCUCGUCCAUUCAACUCUCGGCACAUGUCCUGUGACGGUCACGAGGUCACAAUCGCUGGCGUCGAGUACAGGUCCACGAGCCAAGAUCAGCCUUCAUCACCCAUCCGCCACGCCAGCAGCAAUAGCUUCUGGUACCUUAAAUCUGGCCUUCCUGGACUUUGCUCACGAUGCGUGUGUUCUUGACAUACCAGGACUUCUGGCACUUGACAGCCAUCAUGUCCUAGACACAGUCAUUGCCACAUUGCUGGCCGUGGCAAUCAUCGAGAAUGACGCGCUAGUCCAGGAAAGCAUCACCUUCGAAGCCCCACCUCGCACACCGUUGACAAAGUCGACGAAGCCAGAGCGCAGGUCAUCUGUAGGCUCCUCGACGUCGAGGAAGCUCUUCUCCCGAAAUGGCACGAGGAAAGACAAGAAGCAGAAAAAGGCAGAGCCUGAACCUGCCGUCAUCGAGGAGCAAGUCGAAUUGCCUGGAGUAGCCAGGGCGUCACUGAAAGUCAUCGAGUUCGGCUUCAAGGCCACCGCUUGGGUUGUCAUAACAGGAGUCAAGGUCGGUUUCAAGGUCGGCACGGGUGUGGUGGGUUAUGGUGCGAAGAAGCUUGCCAAGUGA